AUGACAGCUGAACCAAACAACUCUGCCAUUAAUGGCCAUGGCACAGCCGUUAUUGAUUUCCAAGUCGCCACCUCCCCAAGUGCCCCCGAACAACUUGAGCAUUUACAGAAGGAGAUUGGUCUCCACUCGCAAGCUUAUAGUAAUGGUGACUCGGAUGCGCGCUUGAAGCUCUUAGAGACAGCUCGGUCUCUUGUACAGGCAAUGGAAACACCCCAGGAAACCAUGCUGCGGUACUGCUGGGCCCAGCCCACUGCUUUUGCAGGCAUCGAGACCUGUAUCGAUCUGGGAAUCUUCUUCUUACUAGCACAGACCGACAAGCCUAAAUCGGUAGUAGAGCUUGCAGCGACAACAGGCGCGGAACCCGAGCUCCUUGGUCGAAUCAUGAAGCAUCUUGCCGCAAUGGGGGUCUUUGUUGAGACCGGUAGGGAUGAAUAUGGUCGCAAUGGGCUAACCACCGCACUCGCCAUUAAACGGUUCAACGAUGCCUGGCCGUGCAUUAAUGGAUGUACCCUGCCAGCAAUCAGCGCGCUGCCCGCCUGGCUCAAGAAACAUAAUUAUCAAACUCCCACCGAGGGAACUGACUCUCCAUUUAGCCUUGGAUUCAAGACGGAAUAUUCCUUCUUCCAGUUCCUUGACGGCAAGAACCCUGAAUAUCCUCAACUCGGAGGUCAAUUCAACAAUCUCAUGUCAUCCUACCAUCAAGGCAGGCCCAGCUGGAUGGACGGAAACUUCUAUCCUGUACAAACUCUUCUCGAUGGAGCAAAGACCGGCGAAAAUGAUGUUUUCAUCGUUGACCCGCAUGUCCUGAAAGAUAUCAAGUCGAUAAACUCAGCAAUUGAACCUAUGGUUCACGACUUCUACCAGGAACAGCCUGUCAAGGGUGCUCGGGCAUAUUUCUUGCACUCUGUGCUGCAUGACUGGAAUGACGAAACAUGCCAGAAGAUUCUGUCAAAACUGGUGGCUGCAAUGAGCCCUGGAUACAGCAAGUUGCUGAUCAACGAAAACGUGAUUCCUGAUACCGGGGCUCACUGGCAGGCUACAUCUCUGGACAUGAUCAUGAUGGUGGAUUUAGCUGCCAAGGAGCGAACCGAAAAGCAAUGGUACCAGGUGAUCGAGCCAGUGGGCCUCAAAAUUACGAAGAUCUGGACACCGUCAGAUAGUGCUGAGAGCUUGAUUGAGUGCGAGUUGGCAUAA